GCGGCGGUGCUGGCCGGCUGUCCACAGCUGGAGCGGCUGACGGCGUGGAGGCUGGAGCCGGCGCUGGAGCUCUGCCUGCCGCCGGCCGGCCUCCCCUCCCUCCGACACCUGGACGUGACGGACUCCGGUGGAGUCACCGACUCCACGCUGAAGCGGCUGCCCGACCUGCUGCCAGGCCUGCAUUCACUCAGCAUAUGCGGUGAGCAUAUUCCACAUCACGCAGUUUCCGUGUAUUCCGUAGUGGCAACACGGUGAUGGUGCAGCUGAAGUGACGCAUUAAAGCCAGCUGUUCCAUAUCAAUAGGACACGCUCCCGACCCCGCAUACCGUGGCUCCGCCAUGAAGUUGCGAAAGGCGGUGUUGUCCACAGCACCAGCGGUUCAGCCGCUGUUCAUGUUCUGACGUCAUCUGGCGAUCACGUGACGGUGCUGAUGCAUUGGACCCGGUCCGGCUUCUUGUGUGUUUCAGGGUGUCGCGGGGUGACGGUUGUUGGGCUGGACAGCCUGCCGCGGCUCAGGCAGCUGCGUCAGCUGGACCUGACCAGGCUGUCAGCUGUGACGGACGCCACACUGGACCGGCUACACGGGCCGCGUCUGAGGAUGCUGAACCUGACCGAGUGCGUCUCUUGUUCAACAGAUGGGGUCACACGGCUGGUGCUCGGCUGUCCGUCACUGACGGUACUGGGGUGGGGGUGGUCUGACCUAGACCGGACCAGGUCCCUGGUAGACAGCCUGGUGCGCCAGCUGCCCCCGGACCGUGACGUCACGCUCGAGGUCAACGCCGGGCAUCUGCAGCGUCUGCCGCCGCUGUCGCCCGGCCCGCUCAGCCUGAGGAAAUAUAAGCCAUGGUGGACUUCAUGAACAACGAACGAGGUUGGCGGCGGCGGCGGCGACUGCAGUGGUGCAUGCUGAAGUAUCGCUGCAGGGCCGCUGCAGUGGGGCAGCAAGCGGCAUCGAGUGCGGCGAGCAGCCGACCAAGCCGUGACGGUGGCCCGACUGCCCGCCGCUGUCGCCUGCCGGCCGCCGGCCUGAUCCGGCUGACAGCAGUGAAGCAGUCGGGUCUGACGAGAACCCGUGCCAUUGGUGCCGGUCGGUCCAGGACGGGCUGAUUCGGAACGCGGUGUCGCUGGUGGAGGCGGCCUCGCUCUCGGCCAAGCCGUGCACCUCGUGCCGUAUGCUGGCCGACCUUGUGCAGCUGAAGGACGGCGACGUCGCGACACGGCACGGCGCCAACAGUGAGGUGGACCAGGCUACAGCCGUGUCGGGCGUGUAGUAGCCGGUCGGUAGACGUGGUGCGGGCGCGGGAUGACCUGGACGAGCUGCGCCAGUACCUGACGGGCCCGGGCGCCACCGGUUGGUCGGCAUCGGCGACCG